AUGUUGGCUUUGUUACCGCACAUGCUGGUGCAUUUUGAUGAACCGGACGAGUUCAGCAAGACGUGUGCCCAAAACAUAGUACAGGUACAGCUCACACUGUUGUUAGUUUGUCAAGACUAACGCUGCCCAAGCUUUUGACCCCCUAAAUAUUAAUAAGACCUUUUUUGAGACCCCUUCUUAAGCUGAACAGUUGAACACGAAUUACACUUUUUAUUCAAUUGUAAUCUUUACGAUAGUCUUCGAUCUAUCUUUUACAGAAACAUUAGUAAUAGAUAGCCCCUUUUUAUAAUUUUGACAACAGUGAAAAAAACCCUCUUUGUGUUUAAUAAUUUCGAUGCUCUUAUCUACAGACUGACAGCUGCUUACAUACAUUGAUGUAUGGAAUAUAUACAAGAUCUUGUUCUUUAAUUAUAGCCUUUGUUUUGAUAUAAGAUAAUGUAGGUAAUACCAUGUACUCACGUGGGAAUACUGAAAUAAAGUUGUUGUUGAAUUGCCUCAAUAAACCUCUGUCUCUGAGCCUCUGAUAUGCUAACGUCUUCAAUGACCUCUGCACACAGAAAGUGGUGUGUUACUCAAGAACUAUUACCUAUUUGUAAUAUAUUGCCGAAAUUUUUGUAAUGUAUAACUAACGUCAUUUUGUCCUCUUGCAGAUUUGUACUAGUUCUACAAAUCUCGCGCACUUAAGCAAAUUGUUCGUCAUGUACAUGGAGAAAUCUUACCACAGACCACGGGCGACUUGGCUGGACUCUGUUUGUAGAUACAUAAACGACGUUUUUGGACAUCUCUGUAGAGCACAUAUCACCUUCUUGUUAGAGGUAUACAUUGCUAUUUUCAUUAUUAUUGGUAGUCAGCUCAGGAUAAAGAGAUCCGCUAGUCUUUGCAGACCAGUACACCCUGUUCGUGCGUCUUUGUCUCCCACACCAGUUUGUUCUGGACACCCAGCAGGACUAAAAACGAGGCUCGUUGAAGGGCGGAUGAUGAGCUCUUAGUGAGCCAAUAGCUAUGCUCUGGAAACGCUUUAGGAUUAGGGUUGUUAGUGUUAUAUAGCAAUCGAGAAGAUCUUGUUGGCACAGCUUUAUCGUAAAGCCCACGUAAAGUACGAAGAUGAUGAUUACAAAAUGAUUGCUAGUGUACCCCCUUAUUGUCUGCUAAGGGUAAAGCUUGAAUGCAUCUGUGGGGUGGCUUGAAUUAGAAGAGAAAAGUAAUUAAACUGUAUUCUUUACAGGUUUUGGAGCGUGGUCCGACAGUUUACCAUCAAGCAGUGUUGGGAAUGAUUUGCUCAAUGAUGAAACUGGGCGACUUCUCCUCUCCAGCCAUGAGACACUUCCAGAACGACGUACUCAAGGCGAUAUCUAAAUACCUCAAGGUAAAUAACGACACGAAUGAAAGUGAAUCACCCCAACAAUUUUAGACAUAAAGUAGGCCGACAGGGAAACAGACGGACAGUCAGAUAACUGGACAGACCAACAGACUUUGAGAAGGCGUCUAGGACAGGGGGUUUCACGAACAAGACCCGAAGUGCUACGUGUAAAAAUACUUCAUUAUUCAAAUAUUAUCAGCUCUUGUAGGAUUGCUAGCCUUGCUAUUCGCCAGGGCUAGAACUUGCGUCUUGGCCCCCCCGAACAGGCUUGGUCAAUUAAGGAUCUAUUUAUGGCCGAAACAAAAUGUUUUCUUCUUGGUCAAAGCAGGCGAUCCAGGGUGGGCACGAUAUGCCCAUCUUGUCCGUUCUGGGAGCCAACCAUAUCAUAGUCUUGGCUUCAUCUUGCCCGCUCGGGGAGCCAGCCAUAAUGGUAUGAUGCGCAAUGUUAUUGCACAUAUUUGAGCUGUUUUUCCCUUGCCCUUUCUAGGGUAACCUGUGGAAAGAGUCACUUGACAUAUUGAAGAUGGCAGUGUCCCACUCGUCGCACUUGGAUACACCUCCUGCCCGACCCGCCAGCUCCGUAUGGACUGUGCAUGACAGCUCCUGGUCGGCAGAGGCUAUGAUGAUUAAAAAAGACCUCCCAGGAAGAACUUUGGACUUUACUUUUGAUCUCUCCGCCACUCCUGUCAUAGGAAGGCGGGCUACGCCAGAGAUAUCAGGAGAGAUGGGUAGGGAAAACAAGCUGCUUUCCCAAGUAUCCACGGUGGAUUUGUCAACUUGGAAGAAACCGUAUCUAUCACAGGUACACGUAAUUCGUUUUACUGUUUUUACAGGAAAAGGGCAAUUUCGAAGGAGCCAAUUUUUUUUUUGUUAAGAGAAGAAACACGAAGUGGUGCUAUCCGUCUUCAUCCAGUAUCCUUUUGGAUGGGGCAAAACCGUUCAUAUGAUUCACAUACCUGUUUCCUUAAGCAAAUUCGAACCUUAAGUUUGUCUAACCUCCCGCUGAUUCGAACCAUUUUACUUUUUUCCGAGAAGGUUUGGAAAAUCCGACCCCCCAUUUCCAAUAUUUAAGUUAUUUGAGAAGGUCAGAUUACCAACCUUAUUUGCGUCGCUUUUAUUCUAGCGCCGUACUCGUGAACGCCUCGUGAACGUGCUGACGACGUGCGGUCACACAGUAGGACUGAAGCAAAGUCCAUCAGUUGUGUUCAGCUCAAGCAGUGACCUUGCCGUAGAAAAACAAGGCGUGAAUCAACAGCCAUCCUCUGAAGAGGCGUCUCUGACAGAGGGUCUCACGAACGAAACUAGCAAAGAUGAACUUGAAACACAACAGGUUAGUGGUGAAUGUUGUUUACUUAUUUCAGUAAUGUGUUGUCUGCUCGUGUGGAAUUACCCACAGUGUUUCGCCUCAUGUAAGGUAAUCCGAAACGGUCUUGGAUUUUGGAUUCCACGCUUUUUUUCCAGGUACUUCAUUCCGGAUUCCUUGUCAAUGAAACUUGGAUUCCGGAAUUCUGGAUUUCAGGAGUCCAGUGUCCAGGAUUCCUGAUUUUGCAAGCAAAUAUCUCCUUAGCCUGUGCCAUGCUCUCAGAUACUUUGGACGGAGCGAAAAUCUUUGAGCCUGGAUUCCUGGUUUCCGAAAUCCGGAUUACCUUCCAUGGGGUGACGUCUUCCUCAGGUCUAAAACUUGUGGCUCGGCUUCAAGGCCCCAAAAGCCGACGUUCGCCAAAAAUUGUGUUUUUGUAUGGCAUUUUCAAAUUUCCUUUAUCGUAGUGAUACUUUUCUCGUCUCGACAAAAAGGGUAGGAGUAUGAGUUUUGCUGCUUUUUUCCUUCUCUUCACCUCCGUACAUCAAAAAACAAUCUAUGGUAGGUUUAAUCUCUAGGUCAUGUCAGUAUGAGGGUAUUGUACGAGUUGUCCAUUCGAAAUAAUCAAAAUGUUUUAUUUCAUCUCUCAAAAGGCUCAUUACAACGACUUUUCAGACUUACACACUUUCAUUCGUUGUCUCUUCCAGAUAAGCGUAUUGACAAACUUUGACUUUUUGUACGACGAAUCAGAAGACUCGGCCUGGGGACCCGAGUACGAGGAUCGUCGUUUGUCGUAUUGCAUGGACGUGGGAAGUCUCGACCGCGAUAUGAAGUCGAAUCUUCAGACUCUGGAGUGUUUGUCAGGUAGCGAGCAGGAUCUCACUCCACACGACUCUUCAGACGAUGAAGAUGAGGUACUGCGAUGUUUCUUGAGCACAUAACUAAAUAUAAUCGUGAUUGAAUGUAACAAACACGCGUCAGACUGUCUUAUCACAAAACUAAUACCGAGAAGACUGUUUAAUACGGAGUCGUUGUGUCGAAGUCUGAUAUUAUUCUUUAAAUGAAGCGAUUGUGAAGGACAAGUUAAGACGGCAAAAGCGAGCCCUGUGCGCAUUAUUUGUCAUUUAUUGAUUCUCAAAUACUUUUGUUUCCAGCUUUCUCGCUCUCUAACUGCUAGUACCCUGACCACCGUCUCAGAUACAGCUAAAACUCUGGAAAGCUCGACGGAGUCCUCGUCGGCUCACGUGACUGUGAUUGUUAUUGACAAGGACGAGAGGCAGCCACAACGAAGUCCGUCUGUAGACAGGUACUGAUAUUUGUUAGGGGUUUUAUACAGUGAUUUAAUGGAACUUUCAAGUGUUUCUUUUGGAAACCAAACGCUUGCGCUUUGCCAGCUCCUGGACUAGAGUGACACUGUCAUGUAAUGCCAAGCCAGUAGUGAGUUUACACAACACGACGGCAAAACGCUUGUGUGUGAUAAACGUGACAGGCCCUUUGCUUAUGUGUUUUGUGGUGAACUUCACUUAAGUGAAUGUUUUCUGGCCUUGUACAAAACGACCUGUUUAAAGGAGGGUGAAGUUCGGCGGAAACGUUUUUCAAACAGAAUUAUUGUCACGCUUGUCACACAAGGAUUGCCGUCUUCUUUCCUCUUCCGUCCUGUUGCGUAAGUUCACCAAUAAAAAGCCAAGAGAACUGCUUACCACUAUUUUAUUCAGCAAGACGGCAAGCUUGAGCUUGUCUGAAAUGCGCAUGCUCUUAGUAUGAGGCUUGGAAUGAGUGUGAAAAUGGAGUGGGAGACUGGGAAGGGGGGAUGCGAGAGUUGACGCUUUCCUCGCUUUUGUUGUUUGUGCUUCUUUUGGCAAAAACCUGUGUUUAGGUCAGCUUCCAAUGGGACUGACUAUUUCCACUGGUCGUCUCACGGAUUGAUCAUUGAAAUAAAAAGGCCUAGGCGCUCAUUCUUAAAGAAUACUUUAAGCAAGUAUUCGUACAUCACAGAUUGAAUUGGAUUUUGGAAUUGUUAGCAGUUGGGUACUGGGAAAACCGGAGUACACAGGAAGAAACCUCCGAGCAAUGAAGUGAACCACAUAUUGCGUCACUUCCGGGAUACGAACCCUGUCGACAUUGCACAUUGGUGUUAGUGACGCGCGUUCGCCACUGUGCCGCUCUUGUCUUGUGGCUCACUUAGUUUUUUCGAACUGAGCCUUUGAUGUAGACGUCAAAGUUUUCUCGUUUCCUUUCAGCUCGGACUCGCUACCAGGUGCCUCGGACACCAGCUACUCUUACAAACUCUUCGCUGUCACUGAGAUCACGUGGGACACACGUGAUUCGCCCGAGAAGUUGUGGGCGGCCCAUGUGGGCUCUAUCGUCAAGGACACGACUGGAGUAAUCGCAGUCAAUACAUUCUCUUUGUUCUGUCAUCUGUAUAAGAGCACGCGCCGAAAAUUCUACAGUCUAACACGAGAAUGCUGCAAUUAUGUGGCAGAAGACAAGUUCCGUGAUGUAACCCGGCACUUCUCGAACACUUUGGAGUUUCUCAUGUCGCGUGGCGAAUGCCCGUUUGUGUGCAUCGAUACAGAGACACUCAGCCGAACGAAACUGCUCGAGAGGCAUAAGUUUUGUGUCCUGGAACUCCAUUCGCAUUUUGACAGCUACGCGCAGAGCAGCGAACGAACGCUGGAGUGUCUGGACGAUGUGAAGUUAGCGUUGAAACGAUCAUCUGUUGGUUCACAUCACGAAGAGCCCGAGACACGACUGGCAACCGACCCCGAGAAUCAUGACCUGAGGCAGGUGCAGCUAUGCCGGUGCAUGUACAAGGCGCAUUUCCAGUUCCUGUUGUUUUGUAGUACAUACGCCAGAUUCCUGGAGUCUUUGGUGCAAGCCGCUAGACAAGCUGAGGUGAGCUUUGAGCAUUUGCGGUGAAAGUUCUAGAUAUCUAGGCUUUCAUAACAUGAACCGCAACAAAUGAGGAUAUGGAAACAUACCAAAAACAUAAAUCACUAUUAAUCGUAACUAAAGACUAUGUCUUAAAUCUUGCCAAAAACUAUGCUAUCUCAUCCCAUCAUUUUCAAUCAAAAAAUCUCCAUGCACUUUUUAUAUGCGUUUUGCGCUUUUUUUGGUGUUGCUGAUGACAAUACCUAAAUUUGAGGCGCCUAUGCUGAAAUUAAAAAAACUCCACCCAAGCGGGGUGCGUGCAGCUUUUAAUCGGCGUUAUGUCUUAGUCUCAUGUGCUGGCCCCAGUUGUUAGCGUUGGAUAGCGCGAUUUACCGGAUAAAUCAGUAUCCCGGCAGCGGAUAAUUAUUUGGGAAAUUAAUUACGCCGUCCAGUGGAUACAGCUUUAUCUAGUUGUCAACCUUUUAAGCAACUGAGGCUUGAUGAUUAAACGCCAGGUCAGUUUGGGCGUUCCAUAUCAUAGCAUAACAUAAAAUACAGCAUUUAUUCAGAGCCAUGUCUCUCACCUGCCCUCUUCGUUCUUUGUCCACAGGUCAAUGAUCUAACUCAAGAAGUAAACGAGAUCCGCCGAGAGUUAUCGUCCAUUCUCGAACAUCCACUCUCGGAAGACAACUCCUGUGCUAAAAUUUACAUCGAGGAUAAAUCUCUCACUAAAGAUGCAGCGAUGCAGGCGCUGGUGGAUAAGCUAGCCAGUAGAGAGUUCGAACAAUCUAUCCAUCUGGUACGAACUUUUAGAGAGCGGUUCGGGGGUGAGACGUUUGGGACAUCGGAUGAGGACAACCUGGAUUGUCUGGUGGCGUUCUAUAGCAAACAUGUGGCCGAGAAAAAUGUGGGGUCUUUGGUAAUGUCCGGUCCAUUACAGAACUUCGCAUCUUUGUGUAGAGACCUUAUGGAAGUUAACGUAGCUAUUCUGACGGCUGUAGAGGAUUUGAACGCUUAG